AUGAUGCUUCCUCACACGGCGAUCAAUCUUCGCGAGCGCAACCGCAACAAGCUCAAGGACUUUGUUGUGAUGGCAGGGCCGCUUGGGAUCUCGCAAUUGCUGAUUUUCAGCCAGAACGAGGAGACGGGGUCCACCCAGCUUCGAUUCUCAGCAAUGCCCAGGGGUCCCACCAUCAACUUCAAGAUCCACGAGUAUUCGCUUUGCAAAGACGUCGCCCGCUAUCAGAAGAUGCCCAAGAGCGUGAGCAAGUCCGGACCGGAGUUCCUGAACCCUCCGUUGCUUGUGAUGAGCGGCUUCACUAACCCGAAAGAAGCAGAGCAGCAUGAAAAGUUGAUGGUCACCAUGUUUCAGAACAUGUUCCCGCCUAUCUCCCCACAGAACACCAAGGUCAGCACCAUCAAGAGAGUUUUGCUGUUGCAAAAGGACAAGCAGACCGGGCUGAUCGACCUUCGUCAUUACGUCAUCGACACGAAGCUGGUGGAUGUCUCGAAGAACGUGAAAAAACUGGUCAAGGUGCACAAGAAAACGAAUAAAAAACUGCCCAACUUGUCGAAAGUCGACGACGUCGCGGACAUCAUUCUGGACCCGUACGCCCAGGCCGGAUUCACCUCUGAUUCGGAGGUGGAGGAGGACGCUGUGGUGGAGGUGAAGGAGGAGGUUGCCGUGAAAACUAAGGGUGCUGCCGAGGAAGGGGGCAAGCGCAAGAAGGCGGUGAAACUGACGGAGAUCGGUCCGCGAAUGAAGCUCGAGCUCGUGAAGAUCGAGGAGGGCGUCUGUGACGGCAAGGUGCUGUACCAUUCGCGGAUCAAGAAGAGUGUGAAGGAGAUCAACAAGCUGGAGCAGAUCCACGCUGUGCGCCGCAAGGAAAAGGAGAGAAGACGCAAGGAGCAGGAGGAGAAUAUCCAGCGGAAGAAAAAGGUGAAGAUCUCGGGCGAAGCAGAAAGCGAGUCAGAGAGCGGCGAGGAUUUUAGCGAGUAG